AUGACAAUAACGUUUCACAUAUCCAAUACUGUCAGGAUGUUGUUCAAGGCUGGAAUAUUGGUUCUAACGCUUUGCGUUGGGAGCUUUGCACUUCCGCUUAAAAAUGGUACACAGAAUGUGAACAGCACCGUUGAAGAGGAUUUGUCCAUAUACUUUAUACAUGCGGACCCAUCGGUCCGUAUUGUAGGCGGCACUCCCGCAGCGCAAACUCCUCAUAUGGUAGCUCUUGUUACUGGUACGCAAGUUAGAAGUUUAUUGUGCGGUGCAUCGAUAAUUACCAACAGACACGUCCUGACUGCUGCUCAUUGUCUUGAUGCUGUACGAUCCGGUCACAUAUUGCUCUCAUCUCUGCGAGGUAUUGUGGGCUCAAUCCAUUUUGCUUCGGGUGGACUUCAACUUACGUUCAGCCGAUCCGUUAUUCAUGGUGAUUAUUGGCCAGAGCCUGUGUUAAAGAACGACCUUGCCAUUUUAACAACUAGUUUGACCAUCCCCCUGAGCAACGCUGUCAGAAUUAUCAACAUUAACUACGACUGGGUCGGUGCUGGAGUUGCCACCUAUGUUACUGGAUGGGGAAGAACUUUUAACGGAGGACCCGUUUCUCAAGUACUUCUGCGACUCGACGCUCUCUCCAUCGAUGGAAACCGUUGCAGGCAAGACGUAGCUCGCAGAGCUGCCGAGUUAAACAUGAGAGGUAUACCUACUGUUGAUCCCAACCUGGAAGUCUGCACUUUCCACUCACAUGGAAGAGGAAUGUGUCACGGUGACUCUGGCAGCGCUCUUGUACGUUCUGACCGCAACGAACAAAUUGGUAUUACAUCUUGGGCACUUCCUUGUGCUAACGGCGCCCCCGAUGUGUUCGUAAGACUUAGCACGUAUCGCAACUGGAUCGAACGCAACGCCCGU